AUGGCUGGUUAUCAAGCCGUUCACAAUCUUGAGGCUCAGGAAGUCAAUAAGGACCAAGUUACACAUAGUGGACAACCACCAGAAAAGUCAGAGCAAUGGAAUCUCAACGUCAACUACCAACCAAGAUCAGCUACAACCUUCAUUGUCCCACCCAGACAACCACGCAAUCGAGAAUGGUGGCGCAGAAUAGGUCUCAUCGGCACCCUGAUUCUGGCUAUCGGCACCGGAGCCAUUUUACUUUCAGUUGCUCUCCUCAUCUUCCUCUACAAAGGCGCCGAUAAAGCGAGAAAUCGCGAUCCUCGAUCUGAGUUUUGGGAUCUCAUUGUUUUCAAUGAAUGGGCUACGCGGCUUGUCACCAUUUGUUCUGCCGUCAUUCGUGUAUCCAUGGGAUUUCAGAUCGGUUUCGCAGCAGCAGCUAUGGCAGCGGUGAUACUUGAGACUUCGGGGAGUCGCUUUGUUGACACAGCCAUGUUGUCUAUCCAGAGAGCGGCUAGCUCCAGCGCUGGGCCUGGUAGUAUGAUACCUACAGCUUGGCAACACUUUUCUUCAGGUCGUGGCUCAGGAUUACUACAUUUGGUUCUUCUCGUAUCGGCCUUCAUUAUCGCCUUGGUCUCAACUUUGACCUCUACGAUUAUCCUUUUCGACUUUGGUCAAGAUCAAAUCUCUGCACCGAUGGUAACAAGUGUCACUGCAGUUGGAUUCGAUACUCAACAGAUCUUUCCCUUCAAUGGCAUCUCGUAUUGGAAAUCAAGACCACUUGCACAUUGGCGUUUCGCCGAGUCUCGUCCGACCAAUAUCGAGAUUGGCCUUCGAACAGAUAACGCGAUCGAUACAGGCGAUAUCUACCGAGCUAUGCUCCCAUUCGAUAACGCUACUGACAGGACUAGUCUUGAGUUCUAUGAAGGGCCUGCUGUUGUUGUCAAUCAACGCACAGCCUGCUUUGCACCAAAUUUCGAGAAGACGUCGCUAAACUACCAACAAGGAGAUGGUGACGUUAGCAGUGGCUUACAUCUCAAUGCUAGUUUUUUGAUUCAAAACCAGACUGACUUCCUGGGAAACACCUCAACCUCUCUCAAGAACAUAAUAUGCAGAGUUCACAACGAUAGCACAGCGGAUCUCGCUUCUGUCAAGAAUGAUACAAAGAAUCCCCUUUCUGGCUGGGCUUACAGUUUUAAUUCGGUACUGCUUGUCAACUCUGGCUCAUCUUUGAACGGAAUUGGGCCAACCUAUGACGACAAGACCGGAAAGCCUUCAAAGGUUGUGAUUCCAGACAAUCUUCAGAAUCUGACGUUUACUCGAGAUGGGCCUUGGACGAUGGCUUAUACUUCAGACGGGACUGAAGCGUUCAAUGCGACUGUCUGCUAUAUCAGCCAAAACUUACCUCAUCGAUACAAUGUUACCAUAUCUGGACGAGCCAUUGAUGCAGAGCCUGAAUCUCUUUACGAGUGGUCAGACAUAUCAACCCAGGGAAAUGGCACUAGCAUCUUGAAACAGCUGGGCGUUGGAAUUUCGUCGGUAAACACAAAGGAUCGAGACUUAUUGGAUCUUGAAGUCCACUCCGACGCAGAGCCGUGGGCUGAUCCGAAUGACGAAGCCAGAGUUCAGACCGCAUACGGUCUGCUUUGGUCCACGCUCGUUGAGUAUUCUCUGCUGGGAAGUUGGAGUUUUGCAGGAAGAAUCAUGACCAACAGUAUUCUGUCGCAAUUUAUCUGGCCAACCCAUCCAGAACAUUCUGCCGUGGUUCAAAAUAUCAUUCAAGAGACAGGUGAUCCCGCACAAGCGAUGCAGGCACUUGUAUUCCGGUUUUAUCAAAUGCUGUACUACGACUGGCUGCCCAACUACAAGCCAACACACCAAGUCACGACUAUAAACGCCAAAGAUGUACUCAUUCCUGAGCAAUGGACAGGCCUCAUUGUUGUACUGGCCAUAAUCAUCGCUCAUUUUAUCGUUACUGCUGCCACCAUGUAUCUAUUUGCCCAACGCACCACGUCUUCGCUCUUAGGAAAUUCCUGGCAGGCUGUGUCGCAAAUGGUGUCUCCAGAGACACAUGAUGUUAUUCGAGCUGCGGGCGGUGAGGGGAUGAAGGAUAAGGAAGUGGCACAGCUAGUAAAGGCAGCAGGUCGCAACGAUGAGGCAUAUGUUGUAUCAAGUGGCGUGGAUAAGGGAAGGACAGAGUUACGAGCACCCACAGUCGAGUCUGCCACUUUGGGCGUCCCGUCUGCUACUAAUACCGAGCUUCAAACUACGACAGCCUCUUCCAACCUAUUGAGCACCAUCGCAACGUCAACUUCAAGUGGCGACUCUACAGCUGAAGCAGCAACCACUACCGCAACAACUUCAUCUGGAGAGACGACCAGCCUCCAAUCAUCCGUCGCUGUUACCACGACCACUGAAGCCACGACAAGCGAAGCAGCCUUUGAACCAAUUCCGACCUUUAACGUUGUUGGAAAAGGCGCUCAAGUAGAUGGCCAAUACCUACUAGGAUACCAAUCACCUGGCUUCUUUGUUGGAUGGCAAUACUCGUCCACGAACUACCACAUGACGUUUUCCAUUGAUUCUACGACCAAUCGCAUGAUAGACGUAAACGGAAAUAUCCUAUGCAUUCAAUAUAAAGGGAAUGGGGAUCCCAACUUGCUUAGCACAUGUAGCAGCGAUAUGCGCAGUCUACCAGACUAUGCCUCGGUCACUUGUGAGCAAACGCGCGAUCGGGAGCUUCACUGUUCUGUGCCUGCAAAAACUUGCACUUUUGACAUUCGCACUUCAAGGACUACUUGUACUACGCUCACGGGGACAUUCGACAACUUCUACACGUACUCUGGGAGGCAGGAUGGGAUAUUCUUGGCCAUGGCAGGGGCUGAGAAUCCUGGUGCAAACUACCAGAGUGUUGAGCUUGGAAUUACACCUAACUAG